AACAAAAUAGAUUUUCCAGUUGAAAUAUUCAUAAAUACAUUGGCCUGAAACGAAUUAAAUCUGUUUUAGGAUUGAUAUACUACAACUCCCACAGUUAUUUUCUGUAAACAGGAAAUAUGGAGUCUAACUUUCAACCAAUCAAAAGGAGUCCCAUUAGUUACCACAGCCACAAAGUCAAAAUGGGCCAAAUCGUAAAAAAACAUGGAAACAACAAGUGGCUUUUUGAUGUUAAUGUAAGGUUAGUGUUAUGUAUAAAUUAGCAGUGUGGUUAACGUUAGUUUUAAAAUCAGAUUUUAAGAAAAUAAAUUGUAGAAAUAGGCGGGGUUUAUGACUUUGUGACUGUAAUAAUGACCAAUAAAAGCUUGGAGGUUUGCAUGAGCUUGUUGUUAGCAAGCUAACCCUGUGGAAAACUUUCGUGAGGCCAAUUUGUAACCUACGCGUUGUGUUUAUAUGGAUGUAGCUUGUUGUAAUUAAAGAAAUGGAGACCACACCGAAGACAACCAAAUCAAAACCUGUGUACGGCACACCCUGUUAUUUAAAAUCAAGCCCAUGUGAAUCCAGUAGUGUGCAAAAGCCAAAACAGCAGAUGAGUUAUUCUCUGAAGGAACGACUGAAAAGAUCAAAACGUUCCUUCACCUCUCCUGUUUCCGUGGCCAAACGUCUUAACAUCGAUGAUGACCAACUACCCUCAACAGCAGACAAAGAGACCGAGCAUGGUGCCAAAACAGACAGACUGAAGAAUAUUGACAUGAACAGAAAUGAGAUCACGCCCAGUGAAUGUCCAGAGACUAGAAGGGCUGGGGUCCCUGGCCCCAUGUCUGAAUCAGCUCAACCCACUCAUAUAGACUUACUACAACUACGAGACCAAUUGAAGAGAGAGGUUAAAGAAAGGACCGAGAGACUACGGAGACUGAAGAUGGCUAAAAUGUACAGAAGCAAGAAUGACCUGACACAGUUGAGAGUUUUGAUUGACAAGUGGCGGAGUUGUAGUCAGGCUGCAUUGUAUGAGCUCCAGUCAGAUCUCCCCAUAGAUGGCAGGAAAGCCAGCAUCUCCCAGCUAAUUGACCUCUUUGGUGUAGAGGACAGCAUACUGCACUUUAACCGCACAGAAGAGGACUUCACCAAUGCAUAGACCCACAUGCCUUCUGUUCAUGUUGUCACAAAUAAUAUUAAUUGUUGAUUUAUCAUGCAGAUUUCCUGCCUUUGUUGAAUAAUCUAGAUUCAAUCUUAUGUACUGGAUGUUUUUCACCCUAAAUUUACUAUGAUCCACAAGUAAUUUGAGUGAAAAAAAUAACAUUAAUUUGCCACUUCAUCAGUUUAAUUUCAUACUGUUACCUACCAUAGUAAUUUAUAUUAGUUCUAUAUUUAAACAUGAAAAUCAGUUUGAUGUUUUGUAAAUUUUUUAAAAAUAAAGUGUUUCCUAAAU